CGCCGGGACUUAGAAGAGUGCUAUAGUAAUGGCUCUUACUCUGUGCCUGAUGGUACUGACAGCGGCUCUUCUGGCGUACAUAGCGUCUGCUAUGCCACGUGUCUUAUACGAAGGAGACGUGUGUCGACUGGGAGCUAACAGGAAGGGUCUGUGCAAGCCUCUUAGCCAGUGUAAGCCAGCGUUUCGGCAGCUGUCAACGUCUGGGAUCAGACCCAUUCACUGCAGCUUCAAGGGUUUCGAAGAAGUAGUUUGUUGUGACGACGAGGUGUCGCAGCAGCUCCGAAAGAGCGAGCUGGCGUGUCGGGAAUACAUGAACGAGCUUCCGCUCAGAGUCAAUCCUUUCAUCAAGAGCGGCAGAGAUGCAGAACCAGGGGAUUACCCGCACAUGGCUGCCCUAGGGUACAUGGACCCCUUGGAGCCAUCUCAGAUUGCUUGGAAUUGUGGUGGGACACUCAUCAGUGACCGUUAUGUUCUGACUGCUGCACACUGUGUUGUGCCAACAUUGAGCAGGAAGUCACCUGUGAUAGUCCUAUUAGGGGCUGUGAAUCUCAAUGAACCAGAUUUCAUGGCACAAACAUACCAUGUGAAGAAGUGGAUGCAACAUCCAGAGUACUCAACGACGACAGUAUACAAUGACAUAGCAGUCAUCGAGUUGGACAGAAGAGUCAAGUUUUCUGAAAACAUUCAACCUGCCUGUCUGAACACAAAAUCUGACAUUCCAAAUAAUGGACUUGAGGUUACAGGCUGGGGAGUUACAUCUAAUACCCGUUCAACUAAAAGUGACAUUUUACAGUAUGCAACACUCAGUCUUGUCCCAAAUGACAAAUGCAAUGAAAGUUAUGUCUCUCAGAAGAAAGUGAACAGAGGUGUGCAGGACAACAUGAUCUGCGCUGGUGAUCCUCAGGGCAAGAUGGAUGCAUGUAAUGGUGAUUCUGGUGGACCACUGCAAGUGAAGACCACAGAAACCAAUGCAUAUUCCAUUGUGGGUGUGACAAGCUAUGGACCGUCUGUGUGCGGGGGCUUGACACCUGGCAUCUACACUCGUGUCAACAGAUAUGUGGACUGGAUAGAAAGCAUAGUCUGGAAGUAACAGCUACUUGUUUGUGGUCAUUCAUUCUAUACCAGUGCAAAUACAAACAUUGCACUGAUCAGUUUCCUUACACUUGUUAAGCAAGAAUUUUAAACCAAUACAUACAAAUCCCAUUACAUUCAUACGCUGUGAUUAAGAACUAUGUCUCAUUUUCGCCAAUGAGGCAAAUUACAAUUUUGCAUUAUAAAUGAAAACGGGAGGUAUGCUCAUCUGCACCACAUAAGAAACAAAAGUGAAUAUUCAGAAAAGUUAAAGAGUAUAUAAAUAAUUGCUUUUAAACUCCUACUGAAUAAAAGCUUGCUAGUUACAAACACAAACACUCCAACACGUAAGAUAAUUUGGGAAUGGAUUCAGUAAUGAGCUGAGUGCAUGGGGCAACUAGAAGUUGUCCCACUCUACAGACAGACAAUUUGAAUGCCCACUUAAAGGACUAAUAGAAGGCAUGAUCUCUGACUGAAAAUGGCCAAACUAAAUGCUCUAACUCUGUGAUUGCACAUGGUGAUGAUUAUGUUAAUCAUGAUACAUUAGUUCUACAUGUUAUGUAAACUAUAUAUUCAUGACUGCUGAAAAGGUGUGUGAAAAAUGUGACAAAGAAUAAGGUCUGACCACCCAUGGAAGCAAUACAAAUAUGGUAACAAAAAAAAAAUUACUAUUUCUUUUAUGAGUUUUCUGUUGGGGGGAGCAAAAACUUCACAUUAAUUUUAUGAAAUAAAGUUGAUUUAUAUGAUUUGAAGUUGCCAUGGUGGUGAAAGUUCACACUCUUCUGGGACAUAACACCAUACUGAAGUCUGAUAUAAGAGUACAAAAAGUUUCAGAUAAACACACAGCAAUCCCAUGACGCUUUAACCCAGAAGACCACUACAGAAAUAAGAUUCAUUUUUAGGGUUUUCAAAAAAUCAAACUAUCAGCAAAAGAAACUACUGUCAAACUUUAAUUACAGAAGUUGAAAGAUAUAUGCAUGGCAUAAAACGAAACAGUAUUUAUAGGACCUGUUCUUUAUACUGUCAUAUGAAAUGACCAGCUUGCAUCUAGUCAUGAUACUCUUUUGUGAGGACAGGACACUCUCACAGCCAUGACUAUGAAGAUUACUGUUUUCUAGGAUCUAAUACCAUGUAGUCUGGUACAUAAGUAGUAAAGUUUGGGAGGAACUACCCUAAAGGUAAAUGCAGCAAGUUCCUCCAACAGUAAUCUUCACAAUAGUUCUAGCAUGUGCAAGUUACAUUUCAUAUUACUACCGCAUUUUACAAAGACAGGUCUGAAUAUGACUGCCAAGGAAACUUGGAAGAAAGAAACUUAACUGCUCAAUAAUUGACUCUUCAAAGAGAUCAGUAUGGCUAUUAAUACAUUUACUGUCUUGAAAGUAAACACCAAUUGAAGCUGGUGGCCCAAUUGGCCUUGGCUAAACAGAUGAACACAUGUGUUUUAAAUCAGGAAAAAGAAAAUAUUUCAAUUCCUUGAAGACUGAGUUUUGAUCUUUAAAAUUUCUGUGGUACCUGGGUAUGAUGUUUUGCAGACAACACAGAAUAUAUGAAUGCUAAGUUGGCAGUAAAUGUAUUAAUAUGAAGUUGCACUAGAAGAUGUUUAAAAAAAAAUAUCAAGAGAAUACUAAACCUGAGAAAGUAUUUGUCCUCAAGUGACAUUCAAUCUACUAAACAGGCAUUGUAGUCUCCUCUAUUUAUUUUAUAAUAUAAAUAUUUAUUGAACUAAUUUAUUUUGUAUAAUAAAAUAUUUUAGAAACAAAACAUCUAAAACUUUAUUUCUACUGUCAAUAUUACCUAACCCUGAUUCAUUGGAGUUUUCAAUUGACCUAAUCCUUCCAGCUGCACUAUGGUCCUGGAUUUGAGUCAGCCUCUAACUA